CGUCUCCCCCCCCAGAAGGCGUGUUCGCUGAUCCUUUGAGGUCUUUCCAACACACUUAGUAAUAACAGACUCAGACUGAAACAGAAAUCUCGAGGCACUAGAACUGCAAGUGUUCUGGGGCACCUUUUCAGAAUCACGACAAGACAGGCUGGACGUGCGGACUCUGCACUGCGUGUGUCCCAGUGACGCACGAUCGAGGCGGCGCUUCCAAUGACUGGGAGCUGUCCGGGUCCUGAAGGCAGCAAAAAACACCGAUCACGACCCAAAAUCAGAAGGGUACGGCUACUGUCGCCGGAGCCACUUCCGAAGGUGACAUUAAGAUGUCCAUUCCCAAGCUUUCAAUGGCAGGAUUAGCUGUCCUGCUUUCUGUUUUUCUGCAGCCCUGGGUCCAGGGUGCCUCCAUGCAUGGUGGGAUAGCGGAGUCUAGACACUCCAACCCCUACUUCACCCCCAGCUCCAACAUGCUCAAAGCAUUACAGUACAUCCAGAACCUCCGGCAACAGGCCGGAGAGGAGCCGAUUACAGAAGAUGACGCAAGAGAACUCGUGGAUGCUAGUGAAGGUCAGGACAGCAAGGACCGGCAGUGGCUGAAUGCAUUGCUGAGGACCCUGCCACAGACCAGGGUAGAGCCCAAGGCAACGUUGCCCAAACUCCAUUACACCCCCAAGAACAGAGAGAACAUUGGAGAUGGCGAACAACCAAUGCUGGGAGACAUAGAAGAUUAUGCCGACUACCCUAAGCCUCCAGAGAAAUACGGGCUUAUGUUUGAGGAUGAAGAACCCCAUGGAAGUGCCUCCAAGCGUGCAAAUGAAGCUGCAGAACUACAGUACACUCCACAAAGUCUGGCCAACCUACAAUCUGUGUUUGAGGAGCUGGAGAAGAUAAAACACCAGAACCUGGGACAAGACCAGACACUUGACUGGAGCAACCCGGGAAAUUCUGUCAGCAUAAGGGAUGUGUCUUACAAAGAUGGAAUUGGGGUUGAGCAGUGGAUUCCUAUGGAGGAGAGGAUGGAGAUGGAAGAGGUGGUCAAUGACAGCCGGGAGGAGUUUGAUAGAAGCUUGGAAGACAACCAUAGCGAUGGUGGUAACUCUAAGCAAUCAACACAGCCUACAUAUGGAAACCAAGAAGACCAAGAUGAUCUCAGCAAACUCCUGGAUGAAUACCUGCUGAAAAUCUUACAUAAAACACCACAAACUGAGAAGAGGGAUGAGGAACAGAACAGCAAAAGAAGAAUAGCUCAACUACUGCAGAAAUUGGACCCCAUUGUAAUUUACAAACUGAUGGAAAUCUCACAAAAACUACAAAUCCAUCCUGAGGACCUAAUAGAGAUGGUGAUGGAUGGGAAGGUGACCAAAGAUGACAAAAUGCCAAAAUCCGAGUUAGAACCUGAACCACUGCUUACAGAUGAAGAAAAAUUAGCCAGAAUCGUAUCCUACAAUGGAGAAAAAAGGCCAGAAACCAGAAUCUUUAAAGCAGGGUUUCCGAAAAAGCAAGCGAAAACUCCAGAUAACUCAAAUGUGGAAGACAUUCUUGGCAUCCUAGGACUGGAGAGCCCAGAACGGCAGAAUGCAGAGCAUUUUGAAGAGCAAGGCCAGUUUAGGGAUUUGCCUUCAAGAUAUGCUCCCCCUGGUGGCAGACCACUCUACAUUCCACCCAAGCCCUACAAGGGAAAAGAUAAUUAUGAUGGCAAUGUAGAUGAAGAUCUGGUAAAUUUUCUUACUGCCAAAAUGUUAGCCCAGAACUCCAAGCAGACUGCGCAAAAGGCUGACCAACACACCCCAAAACCACAAGAGCAUCUUAACUACGGGGCGUAUGAGUCAGUCUUAAAGGAUUACUUUGACCAACCAGAAAAUGAAAAAAGCUCAUUGUUGAAAACACGAAAACCCACAAAAUACACUGUCCAGGCACCAAAAGCACAAGGUCUUGAGGAUGAUAGGUUACUAGAGAUGAGCUAUCUAAUCCCAAAGUCAGAGAAACAACUGAAGAAUCUUUAUGAUAAAACAGUCAGGGGGAUGUAGCAGAAACUCAUGCCAUGAUGUUUAAUGAAAAAAAUACUGAGGGGGGAAAAAGGAAUUAUCAAAAGUCAUUUACCUUGUUGCAUAAUUUGUACAUUAAAAUUAUUCAAAUUUUGUGUAUCAAGGACAGAUUUUACUCCUUGUGAUGUCUGACAUUGUGAAGUGUAUUUCUGAUAGUUACAAGCCAAUGAUUCCUGAAAAGAUGCAAAAGUGUUGGAUAUAAUCUGUCCAGCUUUAUUUUUCUUACAACUGUAUAUCAUGUGUGUUCAAUAAAGUAUAAACUAUUCAAGGUUAAUAAAAUGUCAACUGGUA